UCGAUCUCCAGAUCUAGGGUUAACUUGUGAAACAUGGACCAAGACGAUACCGUGAUGGAGACCUCCGAGGAGAAUCAACAAUCUACGGCUCAGAGGAAGCGCAAAGCGAAUGAAAUCGAAGAUGUUGGUGACGCAGGGAGCGGCGGAGAGGGCCAGGAUGAUAGGGAGGACACAGACGGCGACGUGUCCAGCCGUGAGGGGUUCCAAGAAUGGGACGUGGACAGUUUCGAAGAUGGACAUGAAUUCAUACCCAAUAAGAAGAUCGACCCAAACGACGAGGAAGCUCAAAAGAUGCGUCGAUACAGGAUUCAGAUGUACGAGAGCAAUGGUUUCAACGUGGAUAGGGAAAACUAUCCUGGGAGAGUAGCCUACCGAGAACUCAUUCCCGUUAAUCUUGAUGAACCUUUUAACAGUGGUCUUACAGGCCGAGCCUACAUGCAAAACAACGUUGAUUUGACCUUGCACAAAUACAACAAAAUCAACGGGUUGUCUCUUACAUGCGCAAAUAUUGUGAGGGCUGUUGUCUGCAGAGUCUCCGGUUCAGUCAAAUCCUACAUCACCUUCAUGGCCAGAGAGACUCCUGAUGCAGAAGAUCUUAUCGAAUACCAAGCUAAAACAGAACAGAUGCCCUGGCAAAAACGAGCCCACGCCCUCUUCUGCAGGCGAACUCCUAAACCAAAAGUUAUACACGUGCCCAGGUACGAGGACUGUGUAAGUGAUUCUUCCACCGAUAGUAAUGCAUCUAGCCGCGGAAGUGACCAAGCAUGGGAGGUCGAUAGCUUUGAUGAUGAAUCCGAGUACCAGCCCCAAGAGAGGAUGUGUCCCAUCGAGGAGGAAGUUCAACGAAUGCGUCUGUAUAGACCAAAGAUGUACCCUAGCAAGGGUUUCCACGUGGAUGGAGAAACCUACCGUGGGGAAACAGUCUUUUUCUCUCAGGUUGAUCUUGAUGCAAACUUCCCCGCUAUUGAGCUUACAGGCCGUGAGCACAUGCAAAACCUGGUAGAUUUGGCUCUUGAAAAACUCAACAACAUCAAGGGAACAAGUGUGACAUGUGAAUCAAUAGUGCGGGCAAAUCUGACAAGGGUGAACGGAUACAAGUUGUACAUCACUUUCAUGGCUAGAGAGUCUCCGGAGGAGGAGCCUGUAGAGUAUCAAGCAAAAACGGAGAGGAAGUUUUGGCAACGGAAAUAUCAUGCCAUGUUUUGCAGGCCAGCUCCAAAAUCCAAAGAUUGAGCUUGUGAGUAUCCAAGUGGAGCAGAAGAGUUAUCUUUGUUUUAAAAUCUAUCUUGAUCUUUUUUGGUGGACCUCAUUGUAGGGAAUAAAUCAAUUAAUGUGUCCUUUAGACUUCUUCAAGAGUUGUAAUAUGUACUAAUAUCAGACUUCUGUUAUGCUUUGA